GAGUAGGGUGGGAGGCGUGGCUACAGCAUAUGAAAGUGUCCUGCCAACUUUACCGCACUUGCUACAACAUUCCUGUUCGUACUAACCGUGCAACAACACCACAACCACCACAAUGUCUUCAUACAAUUUCAAUACCUCAGAAGAGAUGAGGAGGAGGAAUAACAUUUCACAUUUCCUUGAGGGGUUGAUAGAUGAGGAUAGAUUGCGUUCGAAUGUAUCGACACAGCGCAAUGGAAAACAAGAAGAAGAUUGCAGUUACAAGUUGGUCAUUAAGCCAGAAAGAAUCAGCGUGAGCAAUAAACCUGAGUUGCUGCGAGCACGAUUUCUUCCUGAUUGCGAGCUCCAUGCUUUAUGGAAACACCCAGCGCUGUUCGAAUCGAAUAGAGAUAAUAUUCUAAGGAUACCCUUCUCUAUUCAUUCGAUAAAACAUAAUGACAAGCUCGUUGAAAUUUAUACGGGGAUACCGUUGGUCAAGGGAUUUUUCAAACUAGCAAAUAUGUUUCCUAAGAAUGAAAUAACGUAUCGGCACGGAUGGGUGGUCGGACAACUGACAAUAAAGCAGCAGUUGCUGCUAACGUUAAUGAAAUUAAAAUUUGGCAUGUCAGAUGUUGACCUGUCUCACAGAUUUAUGUGUUCUCUGGAGACGGUGAUCAACACAGUGGAAACGUGGAUUUAUACAAUUCACGGUAAACUCUUCAACGUUGCUGUUGGACUACUGAGACAAAUCAGGACUCCGGCGGAAUCGUCAAAGCCCCUAAUCCUCCACACAAUCACUGUGCAUCAGGAAGUGCCGCACAACCCGCUCAUCCCGCACAAAACACCGCUGGAGCCUUACACCGCUGUCCUUCUUACAAAACCGGACGGAGUGGUGAUUUAUGCCAGUUCAUUGUACACAUGGACUGGCCACAAAAGGGACGUUAUUCAUCGAAGUGGUGUCCUUGAUGUUUUAAUGCCGGGGGAAUUUAUCAUUGUCGACAGCGACAUACGCUCAACUUUAGCCAUUCCCCAAACAGUUGUUGCUAAGCAAAUUGGAAUGGGUAACUUCAGGCUGUUGGCGACAAAAACUGAUUUGGAAAGGCGGUUGAAAACGUACGAAGCUGUCAGAUGCAUUCCUUCCGGCCUUGAAGAACAUUCAUCGGUAAUAUGGCAAACAGUUGUGACACUCUCCAACUUUACCAAGUUCAAGCCUUUUAUGUCUUAAGACUCAAGACCAUCGACGACACGCCAAUGUAUAAAUGGUAGUAGAUGUACUUGUAAAUAAAUUGAUUUAUAUUUGUACUUAGAUUUGCAAUUAUACUCUGUAGAAGU